AUGUUGGAGGAGAAGGGCUGGAAAGGUGCUAGCAAUGGUGCCUUCGACAGGGGGUGCAUUGCUCCCCCCAGGACAGGGGAUGGAGAAAGAUGCUGCAGGUUUCCUCUACUGCUGGGCUCUGGGCUUCCUGGGGUGUCUUUGAUUUCUCUGGUGCUGAGCCUCCUGCUAUACUUUAGGACAUCAGACCUGCAAUCCAGGGUUUCACAUUUGGAAGCAGACAGAUGCACUCAGCUCCCUGCCUGGCUCUCUGCAGACCAAAUGGAGACAGCUAUUUUGGGAAGAGUUGACCAACUGCUUGAUGAGAAAUUAAAGUUCAACUUGCCGAGACAUCGAGAAGUUCGAGAUACCCACCAGAGGUGUAACUGCCCAGCAGGGCCUCCUGUAAGUACCAAAGUUCCAGUGCGUUUGCGAAGUGUGCACCUGAUGGGCCCUACAGGAAGACCAGGGCUUCCGGGAGACAAAGGCGCCAUGGGAAUCCCUGGAAGACCGGGACUAAAGGGGCAACCCGGAGAGAAGGGAACCCCUGGAGAAGCAGGCAUGUCCAUCAUCGGUCCCCGAGGCCCUCCCGGCCAGCCUGGAACGAGAGGUUUUCCUGGAUUUCCGGGCCCGAUUGGUUUGGAUGGCAAACCAGGCCAUCCUGGACAGAAGGGGGAGAUGGGUGUUGCUGGUCCCAAGGGACAGCCGGGACCUCCAGGACAAAAAGGAGAAAAGGGCCAGUGUGGAGACUACCCACACAGGCUGUUGCCUCUCCUCAAUUCAGUGCGGCUGGCUCCACCCCCGGUCAUAAAGAGACGCACUUUCCAGGGUGAACAAGGACAGGCGGGGAUUCAAGGUCCGCCAGGGCCACCUGGUCCACCAGGGCCAACUGGACCAUCUGGACCAGCAGGAAAUCCAGGACAACCUGGCCCAGUUGGGCCACCUGGCAAAACAGGGGAGCCUGGAAAGGCAGGCAAGGAUGGAAAGGGUUUACCUGGAUCCCCUGGACCAAAGGGAGACCCUGGAAUUCAAGGAUACCAUGGGAGGAAGGGUGAGGUGGGUGAGGCUGGCCUACCAGGUGCACCUGGCCUUCCUGGACCUAUUGGCCCCAAGGGUGAAAAGGGGGACACUGGCAUGAAGGGGGAGAGGGGCAUGCCAGGGCUGCCAGGAAAACAUGGAGCUAAGGGGGCUCCUGGAAUGGCUGCUGCAGGGAUGAAGGGAGAACCUGGAGUUGCAGGGAUGAUGGGCCCCCCAGGUUUGCCAGGGAAAAGGGGACAGAGGGGGGAGAAGGGAAGAGCUGGUGAUCCCGGACUUCCUGGAUUCCUAGGACAGAAGGGAGAGAAGGGAGAUGCUGGCAAUGCACUCGGGGGAGGUAAAGGGGAACCCGGACACCCGGGACUACCUGGGCCUCCAGGACCAAAGGGGGAAGCUGGUGACAUUGGCCAGACUGGCAUUGCAGGACCUCAGGGGGAAAAGGGAGAACCUGGAGCACCCGGAGAACAGGGGCCUGUUGGUCCAAGGGGUCCCAAAGGGGAGCCAGGAAAGGAUGAAAUGGUGGAUUAUGAUGGUAACAUCAAUGAAGCUCUACAGGAAAUACGAACCUUGGCCCUGAUGGGACCUCCUGGACUUCCAGGAGUAGCUGGGCCCCCAGGGCUACCAGGACAGAAGGGUGACAUUGGUUUACCGGGUCCUCCUGGACACGAUGGCGAGAAGGGGCCACGAGGUAAAUCAGGAGAGGUGGGGCCUCCUGGUCCCCAAGGGCCCCCAGGAAAGGAGGGACCUCCAGGAGUGAAGGGAGAGACUGGACUUACCGGGACCCCAGGAGCAAAGGGGGGAAAGGGGGAGGCAGGAGAAGCUGGCUCUCCGGGUCUUGAUGGCCCAACUGGGGAGAAAGGAGAACAAGGUGACCAAGGGAUACCAGGACCUUCAGGAUUACCGGGUCUAAUUGGACUUCCAGGAUUGACAGGAGAGAAAGGAGAACCUGGUGAGGAUGGGGAAAAAGGAGACCCAGGGGACUCAGUAUCGGGGCCACCCGGGCCCCAAGGCCCACCAGGUGUUGCAGGUCUUCAAGGCCUUCCAGGACCGAAGGGGGAAGCAGGGAUUGAUGGAAUGAAAGGAGAGAAGGGUGUCCAGGGUGAGAAAGGAGACCGAGGUCCACUGGGAUUGCCCGGUACUCCAGGACCAAUUGGAGCUCCAGGACCAGCAGGACCAAAAGGGGAAAGGGGCAGUAAAGGUGACCCUGGAAAUGCAGGACCAAUGGGGCUAGCUGGGCUUCCUGGUUUACAAGGCCCAUCUGGUGACAAAGGAAACCGGGGGGAGAGGGGCAAGAAAGGCUCUAGAGGGCCUAAAGGGGAUAAGGGAGACCAAGGAGCGCCUGGAUUAGAUGCACCCUGUCCAUUGGGGGAAGACGGCUUGCCAGUUCAGGGCUGCUGGAAUAAGGUGCCAAAAGGAACUGCCCUAUAUAGAUCUGAAGGUCAUUUCCCUUGCCAAAUCGGGAGAAUUAAAGAAUAUUUGAAGUGUUAUGGAUUUUAUUAUUAAAAUGAAAUAUGACAAUGUUAUCUUUUUGUGAAUAAACUAUGGUGUUGCUGGGGAAAGCCUGGGGCAGCCA